GUGCCUGGAAGCCUGGGGUGGGUUUCUUCAGGAGGUGGACCACAGGCGAGGUGCCUGUCAUUGCGACCCGGGCGUGCAGUGGCCUCUCCUGUCGCGAUUGGGACAGUUGCCCCGCGAGGACCCUGGCGGGGAGGACAGGGUCCGGGAAGGUGGGGAUCGUCGCCCGCAGUGCGACCUCGGGGGACCAUCGGGGUGUCGCCUGGGCCGUCGGUGACAUGUGCAGCCUCCUUGAGGCCAUCCGUGGUGUGUCAACGCAGCUGCCAUGUCAAUGUCCCGUGAAGGGGGCUACAGCUCGUGCCACUACGCGCCAGAGCCCUGUGGUUGUCUUUCGUCGGAGACGUGGUUAGAUUCUCGCACAAGUGAGCUCCCAGCUGGGAAAAUGUUGCUGAUCUCACAGUAGUUAAGGAAAUAGUCUUUACACCUGUUACGGAAAAGGGGGCGUACGUUGAAAUUUGAACUUUACACAUUUACCAUUUCCUUGCAGUGUUUUGUUGCACUGCACUUUCUAAUAGAACAGUAUUUGAUGGUAUUACUUAGAAGCCUCAGUUAAUUAUACCUGUUCCCUUUGUUCAAAGUAGUCUUAUCAGUCUUGAGAGUGUGAUAAAAUUAUCAGUUAUAUUUACAGCAUUUAAUUGGGCGUCACUAUUCCUAAUAUAUGCUAGGUCCCACAAAUUAAUAAGAAAAAGCCAAGAACCAGUAAGAAGAUGGGCAAAGGGUAUGAAGAGUUAAUUCACACAAGAGGAAAUGCAAAUGAUCAAUAAACAUGAAAAGUUACUCAAUCUCUUAAAUGUGAGAGGUGGCAGAUUAAAGCAAUGAGACAGCUCUUUUUUGCCAUCAGAUUAGUACAAAACACAGGUACUAACUAACUGAGGUGUGAGAAAAGACUUGGUGGGAGUGUAAAUUUGCUGUAACUUACUGACAGUAUCUCCUAAAAUUUAAAUUGUAUCUACUCUUUGAUUCAUUAAUCUGGUCUCAGGGAAUCUAUCCUACAGAAAUAAAAGCACUCUUGAUGUAGAGAUAGGUAUACACGGAUGUGCAUUUUUAAGGACUGGAACUGUUUCUUGGAGCAUCUGUAUUAUGGAGUAAUAUUCAGAUAUUAUGGAGGAGGUAGAAGGCCAUCCAGGAUAUAUUCCCAAGACAAAAAUGCAAGUUGUAGAAUAAUAUGUAUAGUACCAUCCUAUGUUCUUUUAAAUGCAGAAUAGAAAUUGUCAAAGCUCAGAAAAACAUGGAAAGAUGAUUACCCCUGGGAUUAGGAUGGAGGUGAGAUGGAACCAUCAGUUUUAUUUUAUAUACGUACUUCCUUAUUGUUUAAAUCAUUGCAAGAGUAUUAGUUUCUUAGUAAGACAACGAUUAAGAAAUAAGAAAACAAAAGAUGCUUGAUGGAAAAAAAAAGUAUCAGCUACCAAAACAAAAAUAUCAGGAAAUUCUCUUUUAAAAAAAAUUUUUUUUUCAAAGUUUAUUUUUGAGAGAGAGAGAGAGAGAGAGAGAGAGUGCGAGUGGGGGAGGGGCAGAGAGAGAGAGGGAGACACAGAAUCUGAAGCAGGCUCCAGCCUCCAUGCUGUCAGUACAGAGCCUGAUAUGGGCCCGGAACCCACAAACUGUGAAAUCAUGACCUGAGCCGAAGUUGGAUGCCCAACCGCCUGAGCCACCCAAGCGCCCCAGUAAACCCUUAAUAAGUAUCUUACAUUUUCUCUCUUUAUGAAUUUAAUGUAUCCUCGAUAACUGUUUUAAUGAAUGCCCUGCUCUGUGCCAGGUUCUUUACAGCUCUGUAAUCCUCCCUGUUUCUUAAUGAGGUGAAUGUGAUUCCCGUGGUGCAGAUGAGGAAAUUGAGACUCAAGGUCAACUUGUUCAAAAUCAGAGUUAGUAAAUGGUGGAACCAGUAUUCAGACCCAGAUCUGUGUGACUUCAGAGACGUUCUCUCCACUGUGUUGCACUUCAUAAGAUUUGGAAAGAGAAGCUUAAGUCUAAGGAUGGAACGUAUCUUAUUUGAUCACCACUCCCUUUUCUCUUUUUUUGUUAAAAAUUUUUAUUUGAAGAAGAGUCAUUAGUUAAGUCAUUUGUUGACCAAAAUUAAUUUUUAACUGGAAGAAUCCAACCAAAGUGGCUUGGAAUUUCAGCUCCAAUUUUGAGAGUAAGAAUCUGGAGCUAUAAACCGCAAAUACAUAAUUGCUUGAUUGCUUUCCCCUCUGGGAAUUUUCGGGAACCUGAACUCUGAUUCAUUAGGUUUACCUGUAUGAUUUUUUUUUUAAAGCCCAAAUAAUGAUUUAUGAUAAAAAGCAUAAAAUGCCCCACCCUUUUUCCUAUCCUACCAAGCCAAACUGAUGAUACGGACUGGAAUUAUCACUAAUAGUAAAGAGUUGCUCAAUUGCUUACAGUUUAUGGAAUUUUUACUUGGUCAUAUGUAGUCUUAUCCUUCCUGGAAUACAUUGUUUUUUGUUUUUGUGAUUUAAAUAUUACAGCAGUUGUUAAUGUUCUCUUUUCAUUAAAAAUAAAAAGUAUAAAUGCAGUUUCUAUAGCACAUUGGCAGGCAGUGUAAUUUUAGAUAAAGCUGACUUACAAAAAUUAUUUUAAAGCGAAGAAAAAGACAAUGUUUGAACUAUGGAUCUGAUUUCCAACAUAUUUUUAUUCACUUGUUGAAUAGAUAUAAAACCAUCUUAGAGACAUUUUCUUCUGUUGAGUAUAGUUAUCUACCAUUCUGUAUUUAAAUAUGACUUUGUAGACUUACGUGUUUAAGUAGGAGAGAGAGAGCACUGAACUGGAUAUUAAAUAUCUCCACUUUGAAGUAUGUGUUGUGAAAUCUGAUGAUCAUGUACUGCAUAAAUGUAAGGGUUGGAAAAUAACACGGUCUCAUAUGCAGUCGUGAUUUAUUCAUAAUCAUGAAAAUCAAGGGCUUACGAAGUUUGGGUUACCGAGUUACAGUUUAUGUUAUCUAUAAUGCGUGUGUCUGGGCAGUGCCAUUGCCAGUUAAAGGAAUUUGUACCUCUUGACAAUAAUCUUGUAUUGAUUCCAUUUCGGUGAAAGGAAGAAGGAUUUCCUUAUUCCAUUUGUUGAUAUCAGUGCUUGAAAAGAAAAUCUUAACAUUGUUUUUGGUUGUUUAUUAGCUAAUUUGAGAGAUCUUUAUCAUUUGUAACAUAAUAAAGAAAUGUAUGGAAGAAUUCUUUAAGAUACUCCAUAGUUUUCUGAGAUAACUUGGUCCAUAUUCUGUCAUACAUAUAAACACAUACAGAAUUAAUGUUUUAGCAAAGUGAUAAGAUCUUGUUUUAAAUGAUUGUUUUAAAAUGAUUAUUCAUCAAAAGUUUGCCAGGCCUUAUUCAGUUUAUAAGUUUGAGUGUGCUUGAUUUUGCUGGUCAUUAUAGCCAGGAUCUGGAAAUUAGUUCUUUUCUGUCUGCUAGCUUUAUUAUUACCAGUGUUUCAUUAUCCAUGGUUACAGUUUUUAAAAUGAGAAUUUCAACAUAACAGGAAGUAAAAUAAAAUUAUACCCAGCCAUUUUCUCUAACACUUUCUUCAGUUCUUGCUAUUAGUGAUUGGAACUUUGGGAAUAAUAGCAUUAAUAAAAGAUUACCGAAUUAUUUUUCCUUUGCUAAUUAUUUAGAUAUUUGGCUUUGUCAAACCAUAACAUUAAAUGUAGAACAAGGCCAGCUGGGUGGCUCAGUUGGUUAAGCGUCUGACUUUUGAUUUCAGCUCGGGUCAUGAUUUCACAGUCCUGAGGGACCAUGAGAUCGAGCCCUGAAUCAGGCUCUAUGCUAGGCUGGGCCUGUAGCCUGCUGAAGAUUCUCUCUCCCACUCUUUUUGCCCCUCACUUGUUUGUGUGUGCGCUUUGUGUGCUUUCCUGCUCUCUCUCUCACAAACAAACAAACAAACAAACAAACGUAAAACAUUUGUAGUUUUUUGUAUAGUUGUCAAGACCCCAAACUUGAGAGUGUUUAAUUGAAAGACUAGUUAGUUGGUCCAGACAGUACAGAUUUUGACUUAGUAAAUCUGAUGUGGGGAUCAGAUAUCUCCAUUUUAAACAGUCAUCUUGGGGAUUUUAAGACACAGAGAUAGCCAAAACACACAAAUUUCUUUUUGAGGAUUAUUUUUCUCAUUUUAUUUAUUUUUUUGAUGUUUAUUUUUUGAGAGAGACAGAACAAGCAGGGGAGGGGCAGAAGGAGACAGAGGAUCAGAAGCAGGCUCUGUGUUAUCCAGCUGUCAGUGCACAGCCCAAUAUGGGGCUCAAAUUCACGAACCUUGAGACCAUGACCUGAGCUGAAGUAGGAUGCUUAACUGACUGAGCCACCCAUGCGCCCCUAUUUUUCUCAUUUUAGAGAUGAAUAUUAUUUAUUUGACUUUUGACAGUUUUUUAAAGGAGCAGAGAGUACAUCGUAAAAUCAUAAAAUUGGUCUUUUGAAAGUGUGAACAAAUAUGUAUUAAUAAGUAUGUAUUAAAGUAAGCAUUAGUGAUUUUAUUUAAAAGGGAAAGUAGAAGCUGUUAGAGUACUGUUAUUUCAUAUCCUUACACACCCACCCCUCUCUUGCUAGAGUAUAUAUACUCUAUAUAAGCAAUAAAUGGUAACAAUUCUUCUUUUGGAGGUCUCCAGCAAUAUUCUUCCUUUUAAGACAGAUGUGUUAAAUAAUUUUUUUAAGAGGUAAUUGUUUUUCAGCAUCAGACUUCCUUCUCUGUGCACGGCAUCCAUCAUUUAUCAGUUUUCUUAGGGAACAUAAGGUAAAUUUUACAUAAAUUGCUAGGAAUAGUAAAAGUUUGGCCUAGCCCUGUGUGUUUCAUGAAAGCUUGUCUAUUCACACUGAUGUAUUUCUUGACUCUGUUUAUGUCUUUUUCUAACUAUUUUUUUCUUUUGUUUUUUAAUUGGUGCACGUUUAUGAAGGAGCUGUAGCUUUUUGAAAAACAGUAAAUAGAAUGUUCUUAACUUUUUUCUAUUUCUGCUCUUUUAAAAUUAGGAAUCAAGUACUGGAAAUGUUUGAUCAUGCUUAUGGUAACUAUAUGUGUAAGACAAGAGACAUCCUAACCCAGGAAUACCAGAGAAGUAACAACACUGUUGACACUCUUUUCAAACCGACAAACAAACACCUAUCUGAGGACAAGUCCAGGCAACCAAUAGCUGAAUCAAAAUAAAAAGUCAGGAAUGGAGAAGCCACAGAAAAAUGGUGUGUGUUGACUACUACUUAAGGAACAUGCUUACCCAGCUGAUGAACUCAUGCCUUUAACCUGCAGAGGUCGUGUUAGAGGCCAGGAACCAAGUCGGGGUGACGUUGAUGACGCCUUGGGAAAAUUUUCCUUGACACUGAUUGAUUCUUUGGACACUCUUGUGGUAUUAAAUAAAACUAAAGAAUUUGAAGAUGCAGUGAGAAAAGUUUUAAGAGAUGUUAAUUUAGAUAAUGAUGUAGUUGUAUCAGUCUUUGAAACAAACAUCAGAGUUCUUGGGGGUCUGUUGGGCGGACACUCCUUGGCGAUCAUGCUGAAAGAAAAAGGCGAGUACAUGCAGUGGUACAAUGAUGAACUUCUCCAAAUGGCAAAGCAAUUGGGUUACAAACUUUUACCAGCUUUCAAUACUACCAGUGGCCUUCCUUAUCCAAGAAUUAAUUUAAAGUUUGGUAUCAGAAAACCAGAAGCUCGGACAGGAACUGAGACAGAUACCUGUACAGCUUGUGCAGGUACCUUGAUCCUUGAGUUUGCUGCUUUAAGUCGAUUCACAGGAGCAACAAUAUUUGAGGAAUACGCAAGAAAAGCUCUUGAUUUUCUCUGGGAAAAAAGACAGCGAAGUAGUAAUUUAGUAGGCGUGACUAUAAAUAUUCAUACUGGAGAUUGGGUAAGAAAAGAUAGUGGAGUUGGAGCAGGGAUUGAUUCAUAUUAUGAAUAUCUGUUGAAAGCCUAUGUCUUACUUGGAGAUGACAGUUUUCUGGAAAGAUUUAAUACACAUUACGAUGCCAUAAUGAGGUACAUUAGCCAGCCACCUCUUCUACUUGAUGUGCAUAUCCACAAGCCAAUGCUCAAUGCUCGGACUUGGAUGGAUGCUUUGCUCGCCUUUUUUCCAGGUUUGCAGGUCUUAAAGGGGGAUAUUAGGCCUGCCAUUGAAACUCAUGAAAUGUUGUAUCAGGUGAUUAAAAAACACAAUUUCCUACCAGAGGCAUUUACGACAGAUUUCAGGGUACAUUGGGCUCAACAUCCUUUAAGACCAGAAUUUGCAGAAAGUACCUACUUCUUGUAUAAAGCUACAGGAGAUCCUUACUACCUUGAAGUAGGGAAAACACUUAUUGAAAAUUUAAAUAAAUAUGCUAGAGUGCCUUGCGGAUUUGCUGCCAUGAAGGAUGUUCGUACUGGAAGUCAUGAGGACAGAAUGGAUUCUUUCUUCUUGGCUGAGAUGUUUAAAUAUCUUUACCUGUUAUUUGCCGAUAAAGAAGACAUUAUCUUUGACAUAGAAGAUUACAUCUUUACAACAGAAGCUCAUCUGUUACCUCUUUGGCUCUCUACUACAAAUCAAAGCAUCUCUAAGAAGAAUACAACUUCAGAAUAUACAGAACUGGAUGACAGUAAUUUUGAUUGGACUUGUCCAAACACUCAGAUUCUCUUCCCUAAUGAUCCGUUGUAUGCUCAGAGCAUUCGUGAACCCUUGAAAAAUGUGGUGGAUAAGAGCUGUCCGAGAGGCAUCAUCAGAGUCAGAGAGGAGAGUUUCAGGAGUGGAGCUAAACCCCCUCUGAGAGCCCGAGAUUUCAUGGCCACUAACCCUGAACAUUUAGAAAUCUUGAAGAAGAUGGGGGUGAGUUUGAUUCACCUCAAAGAUGGGAGAGUCCAGUUGGUUCAACAUGCAAUCCAAGCUGCUAGUUCAAUUGAUGCUGAAGAUGGGUUGAGGUUCAUGCAGGAGAUGAUUGAACUGUCAAGUCAGCAACAGAAAGAACAGCAGCUACCUCCACGAGCCGUACAGAUUGUUUCCCACCCAUUUUUUGGCAGGGUAGUGUUGACUGCUGGACCAGCUCAGUUUGGGCUAGAUCUGUCUAAACAUAAAGAGACGAGAGGAUUUGUUGCAAGCAGUAAACCAUACAAUGGUUGUUCAGAGCUUACUAACCCCGAGGCAGUGAUGGGAAAAAUCGCUUUGAUACAAAGAGGACAGUGCAUGUUUGCAGAAAAGGCACGCAACAUUCAGAAUGCUGGUGCCAUUGGUGGCAUUGUUAUUGAUGACAAUGAGGGGAGCAGCAGUGAUACUGCCCCUCUGUUCCAGAUGGCAGGUGACGGGAAGGACACAGAUGACAUCAAGAUCCCCAUGCUAUUCUUAUUUAGUAAGGAAGGAAGUAUCAUACUGGAUGCCAUCCGGGAAUAUGAGGAGGUGGAGGUGCUCCUUUCUGACAAAGCAAAGGAUAGAGAUCCCGAAAUGGAAAAUGAAGAACAACCAUCCUCUGAAAAUGAUUCUCAGAGUGCUGAACAGAUUACAUCAAGUUCUCAGGAGGUUGAUUUGGUUGAUCAAGGGUCUCCUGAGGAAAGUUCUCUAAACUCUCAACCAGAAUCAUUAUCUCCAGCAGAUACGGACAAUGCUGCAAGUGUUUCUCCUUCUGAACAGAUUUCUAACCCCAUGGAAAACCAUGAGACUACAAGUCUUGAUGGUGAAUGUACAGAUUUAGAUAACCAGCUUCAAGAACAAUCAGAAACUGAGGAAGAUUCCAAUCCUAAUGUUAGCUGGGGUAAAAAGGUCCAGCCUAUAGACUCCAUAUUAGCAGACUGGAAUGAAGAUAUAGAAGCAUUUGAAAUGAUGGAGAAAGAUGAACUAUGACUCACUAAAGAAUCUGGUGGUAGGUAUUUAAAAAGAAAAGCCAAACUGUGGUUAACAGACACCCGAAUACUAAGCAGGCUCUCUAAUGGGAGUCUUUAAGUAUGGUGAUGAGCAACCACGUUCUGACUGAGAUAGUUAACAUAGGAAUCUGGAGCAUGCCGUGUUAGAACUGACCUUGCUUAAAACCGUCCCAUCAAAAAUGGAAACUCCCAACCCUCCCCCUCUCCCCACCCUGACCCCAUGACAGCGUCGCGUGCCACCCUGCAGCACCUCAGGCCAGGAAAAGAUUGCUGGCCUUCCUAGGAACCAGAUUUCUGCAGUCUUGUCAGAUAGACAAGAAACAAAUUCGGUUGAUAGUGGAGAGGAGAAUAGGAAUUUGUAGAGCUUUCUAAUUAAAGGAAGUUCGGCUUUCUUGGUUUUGGGGUUAGAGACUCUUUGGGGAAAAUACAGAUGAGUACUGCGGGCAUUCUGGUUAUGUUGCCUUCACAAAAACACUCAGAGUGACCUAAGUGAUUGUGAAGCAGAUGCGUUCAUGGUGAAAGCAGCCUUUGCUCAUCACUUUCACUUGCUUCAUUGUGUAACAAAUGAUCAAGAGGACUUGAUUUUUUUUCUCUCCUCACAAUGUCCUUUUCAUUUAAACCAAAGGUGAAGCCAGUGUACUUUUUCUCAGUGAGUUCUCUGCAUAAAGGCUAAUCUUUGGGACCAGGAUAAAAGGUCAUAUAUUGUGGAAAUUGGUUACUUAAUGCUUCUGAAAAAUGGAACAAGGGGGAAACUGUAAUGUUGUGAUAAUGAACUUGCCAUUGGGCCUUCCAUAGGGAAAGCUGUGACUGACCUGAAAUGGCACUUAAAGUUCUGUCCUUGUAGGGCAAAUUAUAAAUCUUUUCCAGUUCAUCGCUCUUAGAGGUGAUUACCUCUAGCCAUCAGCCUUACUCCAUCCCAUGUUUAGUAUGCAAUUUGAGCCACAAGGGCCACAUCGCCAGUAGCUGAGUACAUUUUGUUCCAUUUUUCUAUCUUAGGGAGCCAUAAUAAAACUGUGGUAGUAAUCUGAAAAUCCUAGGGAAACUACUAUUUUUCUUCUUUGAAACUAUGGUUUCUAAAGUUGCACCUAAGGAGUCUGUCACAUUUUCUGUUGAAUCAUGUUUUUAAGAUGUUUCAUUUUUGUUUUGUUUUAACAAAUAUUCCUUCUGAUAUGGACUUGAAAAUUAGUCUAUGGUAACCUGUGUAAAAAACUUACACAGUAGCAACUAACAAAUAGCCAUAUAGCUUAAUGAGAAUUUCUUUUUCUUUUCUUUUUUUUUUUUUUUUUUUUUUUUUUUUUUUUGGUGGCAGUCUGGUGCUAGCCACAUUUAAUUUUUUAAAAAUUGUUGUUGAUAUCCUAUAGACAGCCCUGUAGUUGAAAUCAUGGUUUUAUUCAUUUUAUUUAUUUUUUAAAACUUACCUAAAUCAGUCUAAAGGAGUAUUUGUGAGACUUAAUUUUCUUUCUCUUUACCAUGACAUGACCUAAUAGUCUUUUCUGAAAACAGUUUUGAGGUACUAAUGAACUUAAACUGUAUAUGGAGCUGUUAAGAGAACAGCAGUGCUGUACUGUAGUUAUGUAUAUUCAUGUACAGUGUGUCUUAGAUCCCAGGUAGACAUAUUCUUUUGUAAGGGGAUGAAUAGCUGCUUUCAAAAAUUCCGGCUAAAUGUAACUGGGUCAAUGAGUAAUAAAACUAAUAGAGAAGACACUUUGGGGGGGGAGAGGGGUGGGGAAGAGUAGUAUUAUAAGACCAUUAUUGGCCCUUAAUUAAACCUGACACUAAAGUGGAUAUUUUAGUCUUUCUGCAUGUGAAAUUUGGUGUAAGAAGAUAGAACUAUAAUACAUACAGUAUAUGGAAGGAUAGAUAUAGUGCUUUGUUCAUCUUAAUUGCAAAGCUGCCAAAAUAGCUGAAGCUUAAUUAUUUGACUUGCCUUGAUUUGUAGGACUGGGGCUUUGAGAAAAGGAGAUGUUCCUCUAAGACUUUGAUUACAGAAGCCUUAUAUACAUUGGUUUGAUUUUGUAUUUGUAGCUCAGAGUCAUUGUUGUCUAAAUCCAACUUUCUAAGUUAGCAAAACAACAUAAAAAAUUUUUUUUUCCCACGAAGAUCUCAUGGUAACAAGAACCAGCUUACUCUCCCUUCCUUUGGCCAUUAGGGGGAGUUGUUGCCAUUCAUUGAUAUCUAGAAGCAAAUUGUUCACUUUUUUAGAAAAGUGAAUCCUUAAAAAAAAAAAAAAAGAAAAAAAUUUAAGAAAUUAUACUUUAUACCCAGAAAGAAUCAUAUUUGAUUUUUCCCUAGUUAAGGUAUAAUGUUCAGCUUCAAAACUCCCAGCAUUAUCAUUAUUCAUUAUUAUUAUUAUUAUUAUUAUUCAAUGUACUGCCAUGAAGUUGUUUUUGAGUUCAUUAAAAAAUUCCAACAGCAUUAGGUUUUUGUUUUUUUUUUAAUGUUUUGUUUUUUAAAUACCUUUGAUAGACGUUUUAUUUACUUCCUAAAUAUUCGGGGGAUUCUAUGAGACCCUGAAUUUUAGAAACAUCUGGUCUACCUCAGUUAAAUGUUGACUGCAUAGAAAUAGAGAUGAAGUGAUCGCCACAGCCAUAAAAUUGUUUGAAUAAGAAGGAUUUAUACAAUGUUUACAAACCUGGAAUCAAGUAAGGAAUUUAUCUGAAAGUGAAAAGUUAGAUAUUAGAGCAAGUGUUUAAUUCAGGUAUUUUCAAGUUUUAAAACUUAACUUGUUUACCUACUAAAAAUAGCUAUAGUUUUUCUGCUUACGAAAGUCCAUUGAAAUGAUAAUACCCUAAUUUGCAAUAAUUUUCCCAUAAAGUUUUAGGUAUGAAAGAAUUGUAAUUUACUGGAUAUGUUUAGGAUGGGAUAUUUUGUUGGCAGUUUUUUUUUUUUUUUAACAUGUAAUAGGCUUCCAACAAGAAUACAGUUGUUUCAAGAACAAAUUAUUUUUUGACAUUAUACUUUUCCCUUUUUCUUCACAGUAUUAGUAAAAUGAUAAAUUGUGCACUCUCUGGUUUUAGUUUCUAAUAUGCUUAUGCUUUUGAGAAUUUUUUAAAAAUUCAAAUUAUCAUCAUAGCCCUUUUUACAAUAAAACCAGCAUUUGUUCUCUCACCAGACCCCAUGUCAGAUUCAUUAUAAAGGAAGCUCAGCAUAAGUAAUUCAAAUCGUGCUUAUAAUUUUGGAGGUGGGAGGGCUGAUUUAGUAAAUAUUCCAACCGGUCGUUUUAUGCACAAGGCUUCAGUCAGAACAUAGAAAAAAAAAAAACAUUCUGUGAAUGAAAUAUUGUAUGUUCAGAUUUUAUAAAAGACAUUUUUAAAAGCCCAAUUUACAGCCGUAUAUUUUCUUAUGAUGUAAUUUAUGAAAAAGAUGUCUGUACUAACAGGUGCUGUAACACUACUGUUGUUGGAUUUUAUUGUUUGGUGAUAAAUGUAUACAAUAUUUCUAAGGGAAACUAUGUACUGUGAUGUAAAAGUCUGGGCAAAAUGUAUAUAAUCUUUGUAUAUAAUUGUGUAUUUGAUUAUAAUUACUGAUUGUAAAGAUUUAAUAAAAUAUGUAAAUAUU